CACUGGUGGGUGGCACUGGUGGGUGGGCACAGGUGGGUGGCACUGGUGGGCACAGGUGGGUGGCACUGCUGGGCACAGGUAGGUGGCACUUCUGGGCACAGGUGUGUGAAAUUGCAGAGUGGCACAGGUGGGUGCACUGCUGGGCACAGGUGGGUGCACUGCUGGGCACAGGUGGGCGGAACUUGCGGGUGGCACUGCUGGGCACCGAUCAUCAGGGCACUGAUCAUCAGUGCCCUGAUGAUCGGUGCCGAUCCCCGCUCUGACAACUGCCGGUUCUCGGCAGUACUUUCCUCACGAUCUGACAGCGUGAGGAAAGUGCAGCCGAGAACCGGCACUUGC